UUACACUCAUAAAUCAUAAUUACAGUAAUUUCUUAUGUAGCUUCAGUCCCGUGAAAAAUAUCUUCAGUUGACUUUUUAUGCGAUUUUUUCCUGAUAUUACGAUCUUGAAAUGAUACGAGAUUUUAUCCAGUUAAUAAAAGCAACAAACAUUUGGCGCUACGGCGUUGUUGCCGUGAUUGACGACAGCGGACGCAUUCGUCACGGUAUGAUCGUCGAUCUGGUGGCAGACGGAGGGGACUUCAUCGUUGACUUCGACUACCCCGACCACCACGCCGAGCGCGUCCCCCUGGCCAGUUGUGUAGCGCUGCAAAAGCGCUACCCACUCCCCGUGGGGCAGCCUGUUCGCGUCCUCCUUCAACGUCAACCUGACCAGCCGUGGUGUUGGUACUCCGCUCAGCUGCUCGCUCUAAUAAAGGACGGAUAUCUGGCAUUUCAGCGUGAAUCGGCGUUGGUGGGGGUGUACGCUGAUGGAGAUACAUUUCGCGAUGUUGUACCGUGUGGAACAAUCUGCGGAGCGGAGCCUUGGUGUCCUCUGACCAAGAAAUCGCGUUCAGACACGAUUACAUACUGUGAUGCAUAUUCCAGAAAAAAUUGUAUUUUUCGCCAGCAUCAGGUGAAACUGCCCAAUGAAUCUGUACUGUUCAAGUUGACGGAGAAGGAGGGAUUUCGGGAAGAGUGGAAUAGCUUGACGACGUCGGUACUGGUCCACAUCAAGCUCGUGGCUGAAACGCUGCUGAUUCGCUACAUAUCGACGGAGAAGAAGGCAUUUGGAGAGGAGCAUUGUAAAAACCUUGUCCUUCGGAUAAGUCGUACGUUGAACAGUCCGGAAAGAAAGAAGCUGGCAGGCGAAUCCUCGCACGAGAACCGAAAACGCUGCAGACUUGACUGCGAUGAAGCACUCCUCCCAUCUCCUAAGGUAGACGCUGCUGUGAUAGACGGCAACGAUGUACCUUGGCGCGUUCUCCCUAUGAUUCUCGUAUUAGAAUCACUCUCCUGCCUUGCUGUGGACCAGCAGAUGAAAUACCGUCAAGUCAGCCGUGACUGGAACACGGUAUUCGCUACGGUUACCACUGCAUCGCUACAUCUCUAUCUCGAGGUGGACUUAUCAAGCAUCCCCGUUAAGAGACGCCGGUUAGCCUUCACGUUGAGCCAAACCAUCACGUCGUCCACCAAAACCCUCAUCGUCACGACAGCCGCCGAGAAUCGCCGGCAAGCACAGUUCGCGUGCGAAGUGGUGGAUUGUGUGGCGCAAGUGAUAGCGGCGAUGCAGAUAAAAAUCCCGUUGAUUAUCUUGUGGCAUGUGGCAGCGGAUUUCCGUGAUUUGAUUCCGUACACCCCCGGUUUCACUGAUACCGCCUUGUUGCCCUCCAAGAACAGGCAAUACCGCGAGCGGCGGUGGGCGUGGGCCGGGGUUUGUGAUCGGCUGAUGCUGCGGGAAGUGCUGACGUUGGUGCCGUUCGAUUGCGCCGGGGAAACGGUACUGGCUGGGUUAAAGAAGUUUUAUGCAGUGGAGAAGCACUGCUGGUUGUACGAUCACCUUGCGCCCGGCGUUUGUAUCGGAGCUGCUCAAUGGGAUGCGGAGUACAGUAAGCAUGUGCUGCGAGUGGCGAAGAGUAUUAUGAAUACGAACACAACGGCUACGUAGCCCGGCUCUUGAUACGUCAUGUUUGCUAAGUGGUGGUCAUGUUGGCUAUGUGGUCAUGUUUGCUGUGUGGUCCUAUUGGUUUGAUAAAGAUGUAUCGGUACGAGCAACUUACGUACUGUGUAAAGCUCACUUCUGAUGGCACAAUUCUCUUGGAAUCUCAUGGAAAAAUAAAAUGCAGAAAGAUGUUUUACCACGACAAGUGUGUUCAUCGUGUGCGCUGUAAUUCAUCCAGGAAGCCGGAAGUCGCAAAGAAUACUUGAUAUAAUCUCCUUCCCUGUCCUGAGAUGACACUGUAGCGAAUUCGUUACCAAGCCUUUUGGUCGUGUGUAAGGCAAACGCCAGUCAU